AUGUUACUCAAUAUAUUCAAACGUCUGUAUACUUCUGCCACUAAUAGAAGGAAUAUAUUUACUUUGACAAUAAAUUUCUUUAUUAACUUCGCUCUGAUUUUAAUAUGGUUGGAAGCAUUCAAACACGCUGACCUUAUUCCAGUUGAAAAAAGACCAAAAAUUCAUAGUCAUAUUGCAUUUUACUCAGAUUUGUUCCUAUUUGGUGAUUACUGGAAUGAAUUCAAAAACCAAAAUUUAAAUAAUCAUAGCAUUUUACGUCUAUAUUCAUUCAUUUCUUCAUUUUCAUUCAUGCUAAUUCUAUUAGUUCUAUUACCAUUGUUACUUUGGUAUUAUAUCUACCAUCAUAAAAAAAUCGAUUAUAAUUUCUUUGAAAGAUAUGAUAAUUAUCUACAUCACUCAUUGGAACUCAAAUUCAUCCCAACAAUUAAAAGGACAUUUAUUUUCCCCUUUGGAAUCCCAUUGAUGACAUUCAUUGUCUUAAAUCUGGUGCACAUAGGUGCCAUUCAAGAGGAGGAAAACUUUACUAAGUUCAAGGAUAUAUUAUCGUGGGUAUUCUAUGUGCUGAUUCACGUAAUUGCACCAAUAUUAACAUCCAUAUAUCUAUAUGUGUUCCAUGCUCCAGGAACAAUGAAAUGUUUCGGUAUAGCCGUUGGUGUACAAAACAUUUUAGGUGUCACAACUCAUUUACUAUUACCAAUGGCCCCACCAUGGUUUACACACUUAUAUGGUAUUAACGACACAGAACAUGUAAAUUAUAGCCAAGAAGGUUUUGCAGCUGGCCUUACAAGAACUGAUAAUCAUUUAGGAACUCAUUUGAGUACCGAUGGUUUUCAUAAGUCUCCAAUAGUGUUUGGUGCGGUGCCAUCAAUUCACUCAGCCUUGGCCUGCCAAUGUGUCAUAUUUUUACUCUUAAGAUCGACCUCAUUGAAACAUAGAUUUGUUACAACCUCGGUCCAUAAGAGAAUGCUAGGAAUCACAAGAAAUGAAGAUGUGGAAGAACACGAUGAAGAAAUGGAGUUAGAGCAAUAUAAUGGUGAAACGCCUUCAUCAACUCCGAUCAGCAGCAUGCGCGAGGAAUACGAGAGUGACCAAGAGGGGCACGAUGACAUGAGUAGUACAGAAUCAUUCUUGGCAAUUGAUUUAGAAUCAUCAUCUUCAAUUUCUACAGAUUCAUCAAUUUUAACAGCUGUUGAGGAUGAUUUUGAAAAUAAUGAAAUCAAGAGCAGUCAAAAUUUUGUACAAUAUUACGUUGAAGACAUAACGAUAUCCAAGAAAUGGUAUUUUACAAUUUUCAACGCUGGUUUAGUUCCAAAAACUUUAGCAAUCAUUUUCAUAUCUAUCCAAUGGUGGUCUACGAUGUAUCUAGACCACCACUAUAGAUUUGAUCUUUUCAUUGGGAUGCUAUACUCGUUGUUCUCAUACACAUUGAUAAACUUGACAAUUCUACAGCCAAGGGUUAUGAAAAAUUGGAUAGAAAUAAGACUUGGCAUGAAGAACGACGAUUACAACGAAGGCAGAACAUAUGGGAUGAGAGUUUUUAAGGGAACCAAUUACGAAUGGUUUUUCGACCCACUUGCAUAG